GGUGAGCCCCCCAAAGGGGACUUGGGGACUCUGGAGCUGUACAGCACCAUCCUACCCCUGCGGCGCCGUAGGAACGGAACCAGGAACUACCGGACCGGCAGCUUGUCUGUCCUGAGCAGAACAGCCACAAACUUGAGCACUUUGCAAGAAGACGGGAAGAGGAACAUCAGCCUCCCCGAGAGGGGUGCCGUCUCCGCCCAAGAUCCUUGCUGGGGCUGCUGCAGGACUCCGUUGCCUGAGCGUCCGGGAAGCAGCGAGAACCAGCCCUCCAGAGGGGAUUCAGGCCACACCCCCACAACUGCCGUGCCGAGCAGAAAUGGGACCAUGGGGGAUUUCCGCCCUGGCGCUUACACCCCCAUGAGGAUGAGGAUGACCGGAUCCUUCUUGGGGACAGUCUGGACCCGCCCCCAGGAAGACGGCCCCACCCCUGACCGCUGCCAAGGAUGCUGCAGGGUGAAUACGACAGCCGGUGCCAACCUCCCUGGGAGAAGAGAGGAGGGGAAAGGCUCUGCCACGAAACCCACUUCAGGGGGCAGUCCCAGCAAAGGGGCCUGGAGGCCCGUGCUGGACAGGAAGGACCCUGACCAACACUCUUCCCAGAUGGCUGAAGAUGAGUGGUGGCCUGUGUUCUCCAAGGGUGCAGCUCCACCCUGGCAAAACCACGCAGGCCGGUGAAGAACGGAAGAGGGGAAGAGGAGAAAAGGGUUGAAAGUGCAGUGGGAAAUGAAUGGGCUUGCACCUGGCAGGGAAUUCAGGGCAGUUGUGUGUCUCCCACUCACCGCAAGGAAGCUUGUGCAGAUGAAUUCCCCAUUGGAUUGGGCCCUGGACAAUGUAGGAAGUGGCUGCCUUUUUGGAAACGCCUCUCUCUUCUGCCUUGCCCUCCUUGGAAUGAAGAUCAGCCCUGCUGCUGGGCCUUUGGCUGGCCAUCUCGACCAACGCAACCCUUUCCCAUCCAUCGCAUGAAGCCACGGGAACAGGAAACACUUCAGCCAUGAUAAAUACACACACAAUAGCAAAGAUCUUUAAGAUCUGCAGACAGAGGCGCUCUGCUCUAGAUCAGGGUUCCCUCUAAGCUGAGUUAAUGUGAGCCAGCUCACAGUU